UGACAAGAACCAGGACACCAAGAGACAAAGUGAACUUUGCUGAAAGCUUGGUAUCCUUGCUGAACCCCAAUAUCCACAAUUCCCUGAAGCUCUGUGUUCUCCUGCAGUACCUGGUGCCCUUCCUGCUCAACCAGGCUGGAUCUCUGCUCUUCUACCUCACCUUGGCCUCCACAGACCUGUCGCUGGCAGUGCCACUCUGCAACUCCCUGGCUUUGGUUGUGACCUUGGUGACUGGGAAAAUCCUGGGAGAGGACAUUGGGGGGAAAAGGGCUGUGGCAGGAAUGCUGCUCACCAUGCUGGGGCUGUCGCUGUGCCUGGCUGGGGCCUGAGGCAGCAGAGGCUCCCCCAGGGCUCCUCCCGGGCCUGGGAAGGUGUUUUGGGAUGGAUCCCAAACAAAACCCAUGGACUGCACUCCCCACUGCAGGGACAGCAGCCACUCUGUGCCUUCAGGGGAUUUGGGUGCCUCAAACUGGCUUGGACAGCACUGAAAAGGGGGUAAGAAAGGGUUAAUAAAUUAUCCAGUGUGACCUCCUGGCA